GUUGGUAAGUGCGACUGCAGCAUAAAACAAUCUAGCGGAGAAAUGAAACAAACACUAUUCAGGAAAGAUGUCUAACAUGUGGACUUUCAUUUUUGUUUUGGUUACAAUAAUCGCGGAAGUAUACUCCAGACAACGUAUCCCAGACUUUGACACAACCCACCGUCUUCAAGUAGAAAAAGGGAAAUAUGUGGAAAUAGAAUUGGGGCUUUAUUUGCCCCUUGACUCACCUGGAGCACCUUGUGCCGAUGAGGAAUAUCUUGAGAUCCGUGAUGGGUAUAAUCAGUCUGGAAAUCUUUUGGGUGUAUUUUGUGGAAGAUACGUUCCUCGCUUUAAACUACGUUCCAGUGGACAGAACAUGUGGUUAAGAUUUUCACCUCGCCGUAGAUACCGGCUAUGGACCAGAUAUUAUGAGGGAAAAGCACUGAAUGCAACAUAUACCACCAACCUGAAAAACGUCGCAAAGACUCAGUUUGUCCUGCUCAAUCAUUUGUCAUCGUUGUGGUGCCCGGCGGAAGGUGGACCAGCUCCUCGCAUUGUUUGGAGAAAGAAUGGCGCUGUUGUGCAAAACAGCACUAGUGUGCGACUUCAAAUCAACGUCACUGAAGAAGAAGGAAAUACAAAUUACAGCUGCGAAGUGGACGACCAGGAGCCGAAAAACAUCAGUCUUGUUGUCGAGAAGUGCCCUCAACAGUGCCAAUGCAAAGUCCUUAAAGGUAACAUGAAGAACUUAGUAUCGGCCGACUGUGGAACGAAACAGCUUAAGUCAAUUCCAGAGAAAAUUCCCCGAGCUACAGGAAAACUCACGCUCUCAAACAACAAAUUGAAGCACUUGCCGAAGGAAGUUUUCAGCAGAAAUUCUAAUCUGAUAAAACUGGACUUGUCCAAAAACCAGUUGCAGAACUUGACAGCAGGGGCCUUUAAUAAGAACACAAGACUGGAAUAUCUGGACUUGUCCAACAACCAGUUACAGGAUUUACCACCAGGAGUGUUCGCUGGCAUCAAGGUUUCCAAUUGGGUAAUGUUGACGCUGUAA